ACUUUCUGUGCAAACUCCACCUACUGCAGACUUUAAUGCAACUCAAUAGGGGCCGUUUUGUACUUUUCACUCAGAGCCUCCAUUCGUAAGCAAACUACACAACUUUCCCUCUCGUUUUAGGCGACGGGAGAGGAAGGCGGUGGAGCGUAAUCCAAUACAACGACGUCUGGCUAAUGUACGCCGUUGCCGUAUCUUUCUUUCCCGCUAUAAUCCUCUGCAAUGAAAAUAACUCUCACACUGAUCGUCCUUCGUUAUCUUCUCUGUUUCCUUUCUCUCUCCACUCACUCUUUCCCUCUCGUCGCUGCCGACCAAUCGGGCGCUGACUCGGUGGCGAGUGAGAUUAAUGGCACUGCCGAUUCAAACACGACGGAAUCGAGAUCCAGGGAGGAUAGCUUUGCUGGGAUGCUCGAUCGGGCUCUUGAGAAGGAGUUCCCGGAGAACGAACAGAAUGAAGGCUUUUUUUCCCCUUUUCUUGCAGCAAAUGAUUCUGGGAGCUUCAAUAAUAGUGUUUCAGGACAGCAGGCAGUCGAGGAAACUGUUGCCCGAUUUGUUGCAAAGAAUGACACUAAAGUGGAGAAAUCAUUUCAGUUUCAUGAUGUUUUCAAUUUGGACAACGAGAAUAGGGCAGAAGACACACCAACAUUGAUCGAUCGAAAGGAUAAUGUUUUUAUCAUUUCCAAGCCAAAGUCAAAGUAUCCAGUGCUACAACUAGAUCCAAGAUUGAUUUCGGAUCUGGUAGUUGUUAUUGUCUUCGCAACUUGUGGCGGAAUUGCUUUUGCUUGUGCGGGACAACCGGUUAUUACUGGAUAUCUGCUGGCUGGAUCUGUUAUUGGGCCUGGGGGAUUGAGUUUUGUAAACGAAUUGGUGCAAGUUGAAACGGUCGCUCAAUUUGGUGUAAUUUUUCUUCUAUUUGCAUUGGGCUUGGAGUUCUCCACAAAAAAGCUUCGUGUUGUUCGAGCAGUUGCUGUUUUAGGUGGAUUGCUGCAGAUUUUCCUGUUCAUGUGCUUGUGUGGCAUAACAGCAUCAUUGUGUGGUGCUAAGCCUUCAGAGGGGAUAUUUGUUGGUGUUCUCCUGUCAAUGUCUUCUACUGCUGUGGUGUUGAAAUUUCUGAUGGAAAGAAAUAGUAUAAAUGCCCUUCAUGGUCAGGUGACAAUUGGUAUCCUUAUCCUGCAGGAUUGUGCUGUGGGUUUGCUGUUUGCUUUGCUUCCUGUUCUCGGAGGCUCGUCUGGUGUUCUUCAAGGAGUAAUAUCCAUGACUAAGUCGUUGAUGGUGCUUAUGACAUUUUUGGCCACUUUGACGAUAUUAUCUCGCACGUGCAUACCAUGGUUUCUGAAGCUUAUGAUAAGCCUUUCAUCACAGACUAAUGAGCUAUAUCAAUUGGCAUCAGUGGCUUUCUGCUUGCUUGUUGCUUGGUGUAGUGAUAAGCUGGGUUUGAGCCUUGAACUUGGUUCCUUUGCUGCGGGAGUAAUGAUAUCAACAACUGAUUUUGCUCAGCAUACCCUUGAACAAGUUGAGCCCAUUCGAAACUUCUUUGCCGCUCUGUUUCUUGCCAGCAUCGGGAUGUUAAUACAUGUUCACUUUCUUUGGAAUCAUGUUGAUAUUUUACUAGCAGCUGUACUGUUGGUGAUUGUGAUAAAAACUAUUGUGGUGGCCGCUGUUGUCAAGGGAUUUCGAUACAAUAACAAAACCUCACUUCUUGUCGGAAUGUCUUUGGCGCAGAUUGGGGAAUUCGCAUUUGUUCUUCUUAGUCGUGCCUCUAAUCUUCAUUUAGUCGAGGGUAAAUUGUAUCUACUUCUUCUAGGCACAACGGCUCUCAGUCUGGUUACUACUCCGUUGCUUUUCAAGCUGAUACCUGCUGUUGUACAUCUUGGGGUGCUCUUGCGAUGGUUCCCUCCUGAUAGUCCAAUUGAGAUUGGAUACAAAGGAGAUAACUUUCGCGCUGACAGUGCUAAAUGUAUUGCUUUGAUGGUCCGUGAUGAUCACGACUCAUGAUAGUAAAACAAAGCAUUAAUAAUCACAGAUUUCAAAUUUCAGCAUUGACCUGCUGGGAUGUUUACUCAAACAACAAUGCUUUGAAAUCCAGACAGCUUUGACAAGGUGAACAGUUACAUGUGCACACAAAGGUGUUUAUUCCUAUAUCACCUUCUCUGCAUGCAUUUCUUGGCGGAAGUUUAUCUUUACGCCAACGGAGACAGAAAUCGAGAUACUGUUGAACCCCAAUCCAUAUCCUAACACAAUUUAACUUUCUGCUUCAGGUCAUUGUAUUACUCUCAGAUCAGAUGACCUGUUUUGUGUAAAAUAAGGGUCCAAUUUUGUAAAUGCUAAAUUUGUUUCUCGUAGAUUUAUUUUAUUUUAUUUAUUUUUUCAUUUGGUUGAUAUAUAUUCCUUUCUUUUUCAUUUUGUAAUAAGAGAUCAAAAACGAACUAGAAUGUACCAAAUCUCCUCUCUCUUCAUGAAACAGUCACAGAGAAUAUGUAAAUGCUAUUCUUUUUGCCGUUUAUUAUGAUUGAAUUGUGUCUU